CUAAUACUACCUACCUUACCUUACCUAAGGUACUUCGAGACUUCUGCUCCUUCCGCCAUAAUACCAGAUCAUCAACUGUUGAUCGCCUCGAAACCACAGACCUAACCAAGUAUUCGGACACACAUCUACGGUCCGACAUUCUGCACCUACGACUUGGCAAGGGGGCUGUUCACCACACCGACCCAUCGUCUGGCGCAUCUUCCAACUUCAACCGGCCCGGCCAACAACCAGAAAGAACAACUCUUGGACAGUUUCGCGGUGGUAGUUACAAUGGCCGAUCAAAUUCUCGACAAGGUUCGCGAUAUCGCGGAAGGCCAGAUCGACUUUGAGGGCCAGAAACUGGCAGAUCUCCUGGCGACUCUACUUCUCUCGGCAUCUGGAGUUCUUGCCUUCAUCAUCGGAUACAUUCUCCAGGACAUCAAGCUCGCAGUCUACGUUGGCUUGGGCGGAACCGUUCUCACAUUCCUCCUCGUCGUGCCUCCUUGGCCCUUUUUCAAGCAACAUCCAGUCAAGUGGCUACAGCCUGGAUCCACGUCCGGGUCCGGAGCACGGAAUGUGGCUACAAUAGAGAAGUCGGGAUAGCCGGGAACAAAGACGUCAAUUGUUCAUCAAGUCAUUUGUGAUGUAUGGUUCCUGCGUCUGUAACUGUGCCCACCCUUUAGGGCCUCUCUAGCUAGCUGUUUCAGCGAGCUGGACGCAGCCCUCGCUCGUCAGGAGAGUAUCACGGAUUGUAUCCUUAUUCUGCGUGGCCAUGCCACCAUAAUGCUGCGUAUCCAUCGACCGAGAUCCUCGCACCAUUGUCUUGCGCCACUUCAGCGACCGUACUUCUGGAACUCCCAGUCGCGGUUGUCCAGCGGGCAGACUUGUCGAGCCUUGAGCCAACGUGAGAUACAGUGGAAAUGGAAAGCAUGCUGCACAUAGGUUAGCGAGAGUAGGCAGAAGUAGUAAAGAGAACAUACGUUGCAGAUACCCCAGGCCACAG